CCUCCCUCUCCCGCCGGUCUCCGCGCUUGCAGUCCAAGAUGGCGGGAUCCAGGGGAAGUGGACCCCAGGCCAGACUUCGGCAACUUUCCUGCAGCCUGCUUCUGCUGCUCAGUCACUUCGUCGGGGGCGAUGGCACGGGAGGUGACCCCGCGGCCGCUGGCUCCCCGGGCACCCUGGCCACUGUGCUACAUCGCCGUUUCGAGUACAAAUACAGCUUCAAGGGGCCGCACCUGGUGCAGAGCGAUGGGAACGUGCCCUUCUGGGCCCACGCGGGGAAUGCUAUUCCAAGUUCAGAUCAAAUUCGAAUAGCACCAUCUUUGAAAAGCCAAAGAGGAUCAGUGUGGACGAAGGCAAAAGCGGCCUUUGAAAACUGGGAAGUUGAGGUGACAUUCCGAGUGACUGGAAGAGGUCGAAUUGGAGCUGAUGGCUUGGCAAUAUGGUAUACAGAAAAUCAAGGCUUGGAGGGUCCUGUGUUUGGAUCAGCUGAUAUGUGGAAUGGUGUUGGAAUAUUUUUUGAUUCUUUUGACAAUGAUGGAAAGAAAAAUAAUCCUGCUGUAGUAAUUAUAGGCAACAAUGGACAAAUCCAUUAUGACCAUCAAAAUGAUGGUGCCAGUCAAGCUUUAGCAAGUUGCCAGAGGGAUUUUCGUAAUAAACCUUAUCCUGUCCGGGCAAAGAUUAUAUAUUACCAGAAAACACUGACAGUAAUGAUCAAUAAUGGCUUUACACCAGAUAAAAAUGAUUAUGAGUUUUGUGCCAAAGUAGAAAAUAUGAUUAUCCCCACACAAGGGCAUUUUGGAAUAUCAGCUGCAACAGGAGGUCUUGCAGAUGACCAUGAUGUUCUUUCUUUUCUGACUUUCCAAUUGACUGAGCCUGGAAAAGAGCCACCUACACCAGAUAAAGAAAUUUCAGAAAAAGAAAAAGAAAAGUAUCAGGAGGAAUUUGAGCACUAUCAACAAGAAUUGGACAAAAAAAAGGAGGAAUUCCAGAAGGACCAUCCUGACUUCCAAGGGCAGCCUGCUGAUGAAAUAUUUGAGAGUGUAGGAGAUCGUGAGCUAAGACAAAUAUUCGAAGGACAGAAUCGUAUUCAUCUUGAAAUCAAGCAGCUGAACCGACAAUUAGAUAUGAUUCUUGAUGAACAGAGAAGAUAUGUCUCUUCCUUGACUGAGGAGAUCUCUAAAAGAGGAGCAGUGAUCCCUGGACAGCACGGGCAGAUCACUCAGCAGGAACUGGAUACUGUUGUGAAAACUCAGCAUGAGAUUCUGAGACAAGUAAAUGAAAUGAAGAAUUCCAUGGGUGAAACUGUCAGACUGGUCAGUGGGAUACAGCAUCCGGGCUCUGUAGGAGGCGUGUAUGAAACAACACAGCACUUCAUGGACAUCAAGGAGCACCUGCACAUAGUAAAGAGGGACAUAGAUAACUUAGUGCAGCGAAAUAUGCCAUCCAAUGAAAAACCAAAAUGCCCAGAAUUACCACCAUUUCCAUCAUGUUUGUCUACAAUCCACUUUGUUAUAUUUGUAGUGGUACAAACAGUGCUAUUCAUUGGUUAUAUCAUGUAUAGGACUCAACAAGAAGCAGCUGCCAAAAAAUUCUUUUGACCUCCAUUUUCAUAUGUGUCCAUCCUGUAUGUAUGUAUAAAAUGUCUUUUUGAGGGAAUUUAAGUAUUUAAAUUGCUUCAUAGUCUAAAUUAUUUAGUUUUUGUACAAAAACUUGAAACGUUGAUUUUCAGUAAGAAUAAACAUUAAAACAAAGAAAACCACAUGUAAAUUUGUUGAUAGCACAUAAACCUAUUUAAAUUUCAGUGAAUUCUAGUCUAUAGAUUGCAACCACUAAACAGAAUAUUGACAAGUAAGAGCUUAAAUAAUAGAAAACAAGGGACAUCCUCUGGAUAUGAGUGUUACCCUAAGUCUCCAAUAUUGGAUUACCCUAAGUCUCCAAUGUUGGAGGUUUCUUUGUUUAGCAUAAACACAUUUGCCUUCCUGCUUCUCAGUGUAGGAGGUCAAAUUAAGAGCUCCCUGUUUGUAUGUAUUUUUUAACCAAAGUCUUUCUUUAGGGGUCAGAGUUUCCUAACCCAAGACCAGUCAUGCAGUCCUUUACUGUUUUGUGUUUUUUUUUGGUACCGGGGAUCGAACUUGGGUCCGUGUGCUUGCAAGGCAGGUGGUGAAACCACUGAGCUAAAUCCCCGGCCCGCAGUCCUUUACUCUUAACACAGCUCCCUCUGGAAUCAAAGAAUAUUUUGUCUGAGAGCUUUAGGAUGUAGAUAAUAGGCUUCAGAAUGUUUAAUGAAAUGGUUUUUCUCUCUGAUUACCAAUGCUAUAUUUCAGAAAAUUUGACGGGGGUGGAUUAAGCUGUUUUUUGCCUAAAAAAUCAGGUAGUUUGCUUGAGAACAUAUUUAUUUCAUGAUGGCCCAUAAUUUUGAUUGUCUUUAUUCCAAUUUGGUAUCAGUGAAUAUUGUAAAAAUAAUUUUUAUAUUAAUAUUUUUAAUUUAAAGACUUUAUUUCUCCCAUUUUGUCCAACCUGUAAUUCAGCUCAGAUUGUAUGUCCUGAAGACAAUUCAAAUUCACAAAACCUACCCACUGUAUUCUGAUUUAUAUUACUCCGUGUAACCCAGGGUUUUUAACUAAUUAUGUACUCCUUUAAAUCAAGGAGAUUGUUUAAGUAGCAGUUUUAAGAUUUUUGAAGGGCAAAGUUGAAAAUUAGAGUAUAUACUUCUGAUUUCUUCCUUUCAGUGCUGGAACUAAGAAUGCUGUGAAGCACUUGUUAGUACACUUAACCAUGAAAUGUUAAGAGUGGGAAGGAAAUUUUAUAGUCUUUGUACAUAGUUCUAGUAUUAGAGAAACCAUCUGUAAAUAAUAUUUUAAAAUACAAAUUUAAUCUUUUUUCUCACAGCUCAUGUAGACUUACUUUUCCUGGUUUGUCUUCCAUUUGUCAUAUGAUCCAGAAUAAUACUGUUUUAAAAAAUAGUACUGUUGAAUUCUUUCAAGCAUUCCUAAUUUUGCUCUCAAAUGUCAUUUACAAAUUGGGCUAGUGACCUAAAAUCUAUAUAAAAACUUAAUGAAUAACUAUUAUAGCAAUACCUAGAUAGAAUUGUGUGUCCAAUCUCAUGUUGCUUUUUAUGUUAGCUUUAAUCCUAGAAUUCUGAAAGAGAAUAUACUAAUGAGUCACUUUACUUCAGUCACUUCAAUGUAUAAAAAUGCUGCAUUCAUACUUUUCCUUUGUAGUGGUAACAUUUUGAAAUUCAUGUUUCAGAGACGUCAUCAUCACAGAAUUUACUCAUAUUCCAUGAAAAAUAUUAAUAUCUUCAGAAGAAUGUUUAAGUUGUAGACUAUGAAACUUGGGAAAUCCUCUUGAGAUAAAAGGCUGCCAAAUCCAGUAUUAUAAAGUCCAUGGUCACAUGGGUGAACAUUAAGGGAAUACCAGAUCUAUACAGUAUACAUUUUUCAGGUUAAAAUGCAAGGAAAAUCAUGGUGAUUAUUCCUAAGACAAAUGGAGAUGGCUAUUAUGAAAGACCAUGAGCAUGAAACUUUUUCUUUUUUUUUUACUAAUGAAUUUAUUUUGCUUAAAAUCAUUCAGUAAGUUUAUUCAGAGUGUUUAUCUUAUUUGAGUUGUGGUUGUUUUCCUCAAAAUCAUUGACUGAGUAACUUGUUUCAGAACAAAAAUACUUGCUCUGUGGAAAAAUCAGUCACUGCCAGAAAAUUCUUUCAUUUCUCUCUUUUGUAUAAUUGAAUUUAUUCACUUCUCUUACACCAGCAAGUAUUUUACAGGUGCCUUGGAUUAAAACAAUUUAUUUUAAAUUUUCAGUAUAAGUCAUCGUGUUUAUAAUGCCACUUUUGAAAAGAAAAUACAAUUACAUAAAAGCUAAUACUCUUAUUUAAUGUACCUAUUUGUAUUCUAAUAAUUUGAAUAUUUUAUCCAGCUUGAAACUUUACUAUGAUGUCACAAAAAUAACUAAUGUUUUUGUUAUGUAUUAAAGACAUAUCAUUGUUUCUCAGAGUAUGAUCUGUGGACCAUCUGGGUCUUGGAAUGCUUGUUAAGAAUACAGAUUCCAGGUCCCCAUUCCAAGCCACCUGCAUCAAAUCUAUGGUGAGGCUUCAGGAUAUCAGUGUUCAACAGGCAGUUCCAAUGAUCAAAACACACUAAUGGUUGUGUGGAGGAUGAAAAGGAAAAACAAAACAAAAAACUGAAGUUUUGUUGGUUUAAAGCUGCCUGUGAACAUAAUAUAAUACUUCUGUUAUCGGUGAAAUUAGCAAAUGUGCACUGAUUCUUUUAUACUCACAGUUUACUUAGUGUUCCUUUCACUAAAACUCUUGAUUCCUUAGCACUACUACUCACUAAAUCCAGGUUGUUGCUCGGAGCUCUUGGUACUUUUGUUAGCUUUUAAACCUAACAGAAUCAUCUUCAGAUCAUGGUCAGGCCAUGAGAACUCCCAUUGUGAAGCCUGCCUGCUAAUGCGCUUUGCCUUCCUGAUUGUGAUUGUGGUGAUAUUUUAUCUCAGACAACUGUACUUUUUGAUAACUUGGGGAAAACAAAUUACUUGAAUAAAGGAUUGCUGCUUUGCAAAGAUACAGUCUUUGUAAAGAACAUAAGUAACAAUUGUGAAUAUUAAAAUGUGAUUAUCUUUUCCUUUCCAUGUCCUUACUGAAAGGAGAUAGUGAAAAAAUUAUUAUAUUGGGCAUUUUUUAUUUAUAAGAUUUAGUGAAAAAUCAACUUUUGCAACUUUAUAGAUCCAUAUGUUGCCUGUUUAAUAUAUUUCUUUUCUGAUAUUACCUAAAAUUUAAAAAGGUUUUCUAUCCAUUGUCAAUUUCAAUUGGAUGAUAUUUUGUCAGAUUUUUUUCUGAUUGUUAUUUGAUGCUACCUGGAAUUCAAAAAAUGACAUUGAUCUUACUUAAAUAAAGAAAUAUUUUAGUAAA